AGAGGUUUUACCUCUGGCCAUGCUGCACUGAGGAUCUUGGAGGUUUCCAAACCCGUCGUCGAGCUGCGAGGCGCUGCUGUUCUGUAGGCACCGAGGAGCAGAGUGAGGAGUUGGGCAAUAUAAUCCGUACUAUCCGGGACCCGGAGAAGCCAAAUACUUUAGAAGAACUGGAAGUGGUAACGGAAAACUGCGUUGAAGUGCAGGAGAUAGGAGAAGAUGAGUAUCUGGUUAUCAUCAGGUUUACACCAACAGUACCUCAUUGCUCUUUGGCUACUCUCAUUGGCCUUUGUUUAAGAAUAAAGCUUCAGAGAUGUUUGCCUUUUAGACAUAAGCUGGAAAUCUACAUAACUGAAGGUACACAUUCCACCGAGGAAGACAUCAACAAGCAAAUCAACGACAAGGAGAGAGUAGCAGCCGCGAUGGAGAACCCCAACUUGCGUGAAAUCGUGGAGCAGUGUGUCACAGAGCCCGACUAG